AUGAAUAUAAUUGACGAUCAGGCUAUCGAUAAACACAAAGUCUUUGUACGAAAUAUCAAAGAAAGUGAUGUACCUUUAAUAACAAAAGAGUUUGAAAGAAUAUGUAAUAAGCAUUUUUUUUUUUCGAACAAUAGUUACACCUCUAAAAAUGCUAUAUGUCAUUUUAAAAGUGCAAAGGAUGCAGAAGAUUUUAUAUCUAAAUAUAAUAAUAUAAAAUUAUGUAAUAGUUAUAUAAAAAGUGAAUAUGCGUUAAAGAAAAAAUAUGAAGAUAAAAAAUUAAUAUCUAUUGUAUAUAAUAGGAAAAAAAUUAAAUAUGAUAACUCACUUAAAAUAUAUACAGAUUGUAAUGUAGAUAAUAUUGUAAUAUUAAAUUUUUUAAAAACUCUUUAUGUUAAUAAUACAAAUUUAAUAUAUCCAUUAGUAGAACAUUAUACUAAAUCUGAAUCUAAUAGUAAUGUAUAUAAUAAUAUAAAUAGUACUACAUAUAAAAAUAAUGAUAAAAUAGGGGAUGAUAAUAAUUCCACCAAAUUUAUUGAUGACAUAGAAAUUGUUUCAGAUAAAAAAAAUAUAAAAUUUGAAGAUAUUAUUAUCAAUAUAGAAAAAGAAAUGAAACAUUCCAGAAACAAUGAAAAAAAUAAAAAUAAAAAUAAAAAUACACGUUUGAUAGACAAAAAUGCUUCUAAAAAAAUAAAAAUUGUGUAUGUUAUUGAAUUUCUUAAUAUAAAAAUUGCUAAAAUGUUUUUUACAUUAAUAAACAAAACGGUAUUUCAAAAUUUUCUAAAAGAUCAAAAUGUAAAAAAUACACAUGAUAAAAAUAAUAACAACAACAACAACAAUAAUAAUAAUAAUAAUAAUAAUAAUAAUAAUAAUAACAGUAGUAAUAAUAAUGAUAAUAUAUAUUUUAGAUACUUUUUUCAUGAAUUAUGUCAAACAAAAAAAAACGAUAAAAAAGUUAUUCUUCAAAAUCUAAGUAGAUCUUGUCAUGUAGAAAAUAUACAGAAAUUAUUUAAACAUAUAGAACCAAAUGCUAAAAUAUUUUUCCCAAAGAAAAAUAAUAAAAAACAAGGCUAUGCCAUAGUCUCCUUUUCCUCAUCAUAUAAUGCACAAAAAGCUUUACAACUAAACAAAACAAAAUUAUGUGGGAAUAUAAUAACCAUCCAAACGAUAAACAAUAAUAAUGAUAAAAGUAAUGGGAAGGAGGAAGAGCAUAAUAAGUAUAUAAAGGAAAAUGAGGUCAAUAUAAAAAGGGAACAUGAAGAAGAGGGAAAAUCUAACAAAUAUGGUAUAAAAAAUAAAAAUGAUGAUAAUGAAGGUGAUGAUGAUAAUGAAGGUGGUGAUGAUAAUGAAGGUGAUGAUGAUAAUGAAGGUGAUGAUGAUAAUGAAGGUGAUGAUGAUAAUGAAGGUGAUGAUAAUAAUGACUAUAGUGAUUAUAAUGACGAUGGUGAUUAUAAUGACCAUAAUGAAUAUAAUGAUGAUAAUGGUUUAGAUAAAACUUUGGAAAAAAUCAAUAAAUUUCAAAAAAAAAAUAAUGAUCAUAUUAUAAGACCAAAUGAUGAGAAACAAAAAAAAAAAAAAAAUCUGAACGAUGUUGAAGAAGGAAAAACUUUAUUUAUUACUAACAUUCCUCCAGAAACAACAGAUGAUGAAAUUAGAAACUAUAUUAUAAAUAAUAUAAAUAAAGAUUAUAUAUAUAUAAAAACCUGUCAGAGUAAUAAUAAAAAUCUAUCAGUCUUUGUCAAAUUAAAGUAUAAACAAGAUGCUGAUACUUUUCUAAAGAAAAUUGGAGAAUAUGAAUAUGAUGAAAAUAACGAUGAAAAUGAUAAUACAAAUAAUCAUGAAAAUAAUAAUGAUAAUUCAAUUAGUGAUGAUGAAGAAAAUAUUAUUGACAAAUUUUACAAGAACAAGAAAAAUAAGAAAGAAAAAAUGAAAAAAAUUUUAUUAAAAGAAAAUAAAAAUAAGCACAAUAUAAAUUCAGAAAUUCUCUUUUUUAAAAAUACUUAUUUAAUGAUUAAAAGAGCAGUGAAUAGAGAUUUAAUCAAAGAAAAAAGAAAAAAUUAUAUAAAAUCAACAGAUCAAGAAAACGAAAACAAUUUAAAAAAAAAAAAAAAUAAUAAUAAUAAUAUACACCUAAUUAAUGAUAAUAAUGUAAAUAAUGAAAACUUAAGUGAAAAUAUUAUUAAAAGAAAUAAUAAUUUAAUGCUGAAAAAAAAAGAACUUUUGAAAAAUAAAAAUUUCUUUAUAAAUCCAUGUAGAAUAUAUAUAAGAAACUAUCCAGCCGUGUUAGAACAAAACACAUUUAGACAACUUAUAACCAAAUAUUUUACACCUAUAAUUAUGAAAAAAUAUAAUAUGAAAAAAAAAGAGGCCUUUAAAAAAGCUUCACAAAUAAUUAAAAAAAUUAAAAUAAUCAAAGACACUGAAACAACAAAUUCCAAGGACUUAAAUUUUUCAAAGGAAAAAUCGUCGAAAUUAAAAAAUAAAAAUAUAAUACUCAAUACAAACAGUAACAACAAUAAUGUGGCUAGUAAAAAUAUUAAAAAUUAUAUAUGUUUUGUAGAUAUUAAUAAACAUGAAAACGCAAAAAAAAUGAUACAACUAUUACAAAAUAAAAAUAUAUAUGAACUAAUCAAUGAAAUUAUUUAUAAGAAAAAGUUUCAAACUAUUAAAAAAAAUAAAAAUAUAAUUUAUGUAGAUUAUUGUAUUGAAGAUAUAAGAAUGAUACAUAUAAAAAAAAUAAAAGAAGAGAAAUUCCUAAAUCAUUUAAAACAACAAAAUCUAGACAAAAAUACAAAUAAUAAAAUUAUUGAUAAGAAAAAAAAAAAUAAAAAAAAAAAUAAAGUCAGUAGAGGUAAAAGACAGAGAGAAAAAAAAAGAUUAUUAAAAAUGAAAAAUGAAUGUACUAAUAUAUUAAAUGUAAUCAACAACGCUACAUUGACGAAACAAAUAAAUAAUCAAGAGAAUAAUACGAAAAAUGAGAUAACCAAUAAAAAGGAUAAAGAUAAAUAUACGAAACUGAAGAAAUUAAACAAAACUAAUAAGUCCAUAGAUGAAAAAAAAGAAAAAAAAACAAAAAAAAAUGUCAUAAAUAAGAAAAAGCUCGAUAAACAAAAGGAAGCUAAAGGAAAAAAGAAAACUAAAAAGGAUGAUGUGAAAUUAAUCAGGAAGGAUGUAUUAAAUUUUCUAAAUAAGAUCAAUAAAUAG